AUGAGACCAGAAGAUCAUCGGAGAAAGUGGGAUAAAGAUGAAUUUGAAAAAAUCGCUGCAGAGAGACUACAGGCUGAGUUGGAAGAAGAAGAAAGAUCUAAAAAGAAAGCACCACCAAUCAAAAGGGAACUUCUAAAACAACGAGACUAUAAAGUUGACUUAGACUCAAAAUUAGGAAAAAGUGUAGUAAUCACCAAAAAUACGCCAACAUCACAGUCAGGAGGCUACUAUUGUAAUGUUUGUGAUUGUGUUGUCAAAGAUUCCAUUAACUUUUUGGAUCAUAUCAAUGGAAAAAAACAUCAAAGAAAUCUUGGUAUGUCCAUGAAGAUUGAAAGGAGCUCCUUAGAUCAGGUAAAAGCCAGAUUUGCUUUAAACAAACGGAAAUUGGAAGAAAAGAAACAAGAUUAUGAACUGGACACUCGACUUAAAGAAGCUGCUGAAGAAGAAGCAAGGCUAAAAGAAUUACGGCGUGAAAGACGUAGAGAUAAAAAACGCAAGCUUCAAGAAACUGAGGAAAUUGAUGAAGGUCCUGCUCAGUCAGAGCUAGCACAAAUAAUGGGCUUCUCUGGUUUUGGAGCCUCUAAAAAG